AUGGAGUUGUUUAUUCCCACAUCAACAACAAUAAUGAUGUGGGUUCUUACUGUUAUACUUGCUGUGAUUCCAUGGUUUCUUCUCAACAAGUUGUGGUUUAAGCCAAAGAGGUUUGAAAAACUUCUCAUAUCUCAAGGUCUUCAUGGUGAUCCAUAUAAGAUCUCACUAUUUGACAACUCAAAGCAAAAUCAUAUGAUGAAGUUGCAACAUGAAGCUAAAUCUAAAUCCAUUGGUCUUUUCAAAGAAGCUGCACCAUCUAUAUUCUCUCCUGUUCAUCAAACUGUUCUCAAAUAUGGAAAGAAUUCAUUUUUAUGGGAAGGUACAACACCAAAGGUUGUCAUCACAGACCCUGAGCAAGUUAAGCAAGUCUUUAACAUGAUUGAGGACUUCCCCAAACCAAAAUUAUCUUCGAUUGCCAAGUAUUUGAGCAAUGGUCUUAUACAAUACGAGGGUGAGAAAUGGGCUAAACAUCGAAAGAUUAUCAAUCCUGCAUUCCACAUCGAAAAAUUAAAAGGUAUGCUACCUGCAUUUACUUACAGUUGCGAAGAAAUGAUUAGCAAAUGGAAGGAAUUGUUGUCACCAGAUGGAACAUGUGAGAUUGAUGUUUGGCCUUUCCUUCAGAAUUUGACGCGUGAUGUAAUUUCUAGAACAGCAUUUGGAAGCAGUUAUGUUGAAGGAACAAAAAUAUUUGAACUUCUGAAGAGGCAGGGGUUUCUUUUGAUGACAACACGAUACGCAAACAUUCCAUUAUGGUGGAUUCUACCAACAACUACCAAGAGAAGGAUGAAGGAAAUUGAUAGAGAUAUUGAUGAUUCACUUGUGGGAAUCAUUGAAAAACGAGUAAAAUCUUUUAAGAAUGAUGAAACUACCAAUGACGAUUUAUUAGGCAUACUUUUGCAAUCAAAUCAGGCCGAAAAUCAAGAACAUGGAAACAGUAAGAGUAUUGGAAUGACCACCGAAGAAGUGAUAGAUGAAUGCAAACUUUUUUACAAUGCAGGGCAAGAGACCACUUCAGUUUUGCUGGUUUGGACAAUGGUGUUAUUAGGCCGGAAUCCUGAAUGGCAAGCUCGUGCAAGAGAGGAAGUUUUGCAAGUUUUUGGAAACCAAAAUCCAAACUUUGGAGGGUUAAGUCAACUUAAAAUUGUAACAAUGAUUUUGUACGAGGUACUAAGGUUAUACCCGCCUGCAGUUUACUUCAACCGAGCUAUUCGAAAGGAUUUGAAACUUGGAAAUCUUUUCCUAUCUAAAGGAACACAAGUUUCCUUACCAAUACUUUUGAUUCACCAAGAUCAUGAUAUAUGGGGCGAUGACGCAAAAGAGUUCAAACCUGAAAGGUUUGCCGAAGGAAUUGCAAAGGCAACAAAAGGUCAAGUUUGUUAUUUCCCUUUUGGAUGGGGUCCUAGAGGUUGUAUUGGACAAAACUUUUCCUUAUUAGAAGCAAAGAUAGUCAUAUCAUUGCUACUGCAGAAUUUUUCAUUUGAGCUUUCUCCCACUUAUGUGCAUGCUCCUACCACUGUGCUUACUUUGCAGCCAAAAUACGGGGCAACCAUCAUUUUGCAUAAAUUGUAA